AUGGCCGACAACCCUGAACCGAGCAGCGACUCUCAGAUCACCUUUAAGGUGAAGACCUCAUCUGAGGGCAACCACACUAUCACCAUGAGCGAGACCGCAACUGUCCUCGAUCUCAAGACCAAGCUUGCUGGCGAGGAAUUUGAGAAUAUUCCCGUCGAGCGCCAACGUUUGAUCUACUCGGGACGUGUUAUGAAGAAUGAUGAUGCACUGAGCACAUACAAGAUCAAGCAUAACAACACAAUCCACAUGGUCAAGAGCGCCGCCAGUAACCAACAACCCAACCAGACUCCCACCGCCAGUGCAUCCACAGCUACUCCCGCCCCCGCCAACAUGGCUGCAGGCACCGCGAACCAGCCCUUCGCUGGCCUUACGGGUGCUCGAUAUGCUGGUUUUGGAAAUGGACUUCCCGGACUUGACAUGUUUGGGCCCGACGGUGGUAUGGGUGCUCCUAUGGACGAGGCACGUAUUCAGCGCCUCAUGUCCGAUCCCAAUGUCCGAUCAUCUAUGAACGAGGCCUUAAACAACCCCGAUUUCAUCAACAUGCUUAUCGAGUCGAAUCCUAUGCUACGAAAUCUGCCCAACGCCCGCGAAAUUAUCUCGUCGCCUAUGAUGAGACAGAUGAUGAGUAGCCCCGAGAUGAUGACGCAGGCUAUGCGAAUGCAGCGACAAUUGAAUGGAGAAGCGCCUGGAGCAUUCCCUGCCCCUGGCGCUACCGAUACGACACCUCAAGGAGCAGCGACCGGAGAUACCCAGGGUACCGGUGGUCAAACACAGGCAGGCCAACCUCCUGUGAACCCAUUCGCUGGAUUAUCAGGUAUGCUGGGAGGUCAGCAAGGCGGAGGCAACCCGCCUGAUUUCGCACAGCUCAUGCAACAGCUCCAGGGUCUCGGUUCUCUCUACGGAGCUGGAGGCCAAGGCCAGGCUGCGACAGGACAAACAGGCUCAACCAACACACCUAGCCAAGGUGCCGCAGAUAGUACAGCUGGCGCGCAAACUUCCGGAACAACACCCGGCCAAGGUGGUGAACAGCAGGGCUCAACCACUAGCCCACCUCCCGCGAACCCAUUUGCUGCGCUCUUCCCUCCUUCCGGAGGUGCCCAGGCCAACAAUCCUUUUGGCAUGAACCCGGAGAUGAUGCAGCAGAUGAUGCAAAUGUUCGGCGGCGGUGGAAUGGGCGCGGGCGUGAACCCUCCGGCACCCGCCGAUAACAGGCCUCCUGAGGAGCGCUACGCCGAGCAACUGCGCCAGCUGAACGACAUGGGAUUCUUCGACUUUGAUCGGAAUGUUGCGGCCUUGAGACGAAGCGGCGGAAGCGUCCAGGGCGCCAUUGAGCAUCUUUUGAGCGGAUAG